GCAUACUGCACUCCCCUGAGGCACAGAAACAUGGAUCGGAGCCCAUUUUCAUUUCUAUUAUUAUUAUUAUUUGUGUUGUUUGUCACAAUGGCGGCCGUGAGUGGCACCACCCACACCGGCCGCCAAGCGAUUAGCCGGAAGAGCUUUCCGAAGGGCUUUCUCUUCGGAACCGCAACUUCGGCUUAUCAGGUGGAAGGCAUGGCCCACAAAGGAGGAAGAGGACCAAGCAUUUGGGAUGAAUUCAUCAAGACUCCUGGAUUGGAACCAAACAAUGCAACAGGAGAAGUUACAGUCGAUCAAUAUCAUCGAUACAAGGAAGAUAUUGAUCUAAUGGCAGAUCUCAACUUUGAUGCAUAUCGCUUCUCAAUCUCAUGGUCUCGAAUAUUCCCAAAGGGAACUGGGAAAGUGAAUAGACAAGGCGUUGCUUACUAUAAUCGUUUGAUCGACUACAUGCUUCAGAAAGGCAUUACUCCAUAUGCGAAUCUCAAUCACUACGAUCUCCCAUUAGCCCUCGAAAAAAAGUAUCUAGGAUGGUUGAACCAUCAAGUUGUGGAAGAUUUUGCAGAUUAUGCAGAGUUUUGUUUCAAGACAUUUGGAGACAGGGUAAAGAACUGGAUGACAUUUAACGAGCCUAGAGUGGUCGCUGCCCUUGGUUACGACAAUGGGUUUUUUGCCCCGGGAAGGUGUUCCAAAGCAUACGGGAAUUGCACAGCUGGGAAUUCUGCAACCGAACCAUAUAUUGUCACCCAUAACUUGAUCUUAAGUCAUGCAGCUGCAGUUCAAAGAUACCGACAAAAGUAUCAAGAAAAACAAAAGGGGCGUAUCGGGAUUCUAUUGGACUUUGUAUGGUAUGAACCUCUCACGAGAUCAAAAGCCGACAAUUAUGCUGCUCAAAGAGCACGGGACUUUCAUGUUGGAUGGUUUUUGCAUCCCCUUGUGUAUGGUGAAUACCCAAAAACGAUGCAAAACAUUGUUAAAGAUCGUCUACCCAAAUUCACGAAAGAUGAGGUGAAAAUGGUGAAGGGGUCUUUCGAUUUAAUUGGGAUAAACCAAUAUACUACUUAUUACAUGUAUGAUCCGCAUACAGAUCCACCAAAAGAUCUUGGCUACCAGAGUGACUGGAAUGUAGGAUUUGCUUAUGAACGCAAAGGCGUCCCAAUUGGUCCAAGGGCAUAUUCAGAGUGGCUCUACAACGUACCAUGGGGUCUGCACAAAGCCAUCAUGUACGUCAAAGAACGUUAUGGAAACCCAACAAUAAUUCUGGCUGAAAACGGAAUGGAUGAUCCAGGAAAUAUAACAGUGGCUAAGGCUUUACACGAUACUACAAGGAUCAAUUACUACAAGGGUUAUUUGGCUGCACUAAAACAAAGUGUUGAUGAAGGUGCAAAUGUGAUAGGCUACUUUGCGUGGUCAUUGCUUGAUAAUUUCGAAUGGAGAAUAGGCUACACUUCAAGGUUUGGGAUUGUGUAUGUUGAUUUCGAGACUCUCAAAAGAUACCCGAAGUUGUCUGCCUAUUGGUUCCAGAAAAUACUGCGCAAAACUAAGCAGUGAGGCGUCGGUUAUUUUAUCUUUUACCAAAUAGGAUUAGACGAGUUCAGUGUUACUCAUCAACAGAAUGAGAAAUAAACUAGUGACAAUAAAUUGUGUACUAAAUGGCUGCAAAUGACAAAGUCUUGCUCAUUGCAAAUGUAAACAAAUGCAGGGAGUUUGAUUUCGGUUUAAGCUCAA